GCUCCGAUUGCAGCCUGUAGAUUCCUACACGAGAAAGAAUUGUGAUUUGAAUGUCACACUGUGCCACGUCAGCUGAAUUUUGGAUGUAAACAGGCUCAGGGUUCAUCCAGUGAUCACACUAUCAUCAGUACAUCAGGAGUUUAACCCUGAUUGAGCCCUGGCUACGUAUUUUCAACUAUUCCUGCAAUCUAAGCAUCAGUAAAAUUAUUCCUUAAGUGUUUAAUAAACUGGCUACAUUGACACGCAGCCUAAUAAACCAUUAAUAAAUGACCACUGAGGUGCGUAACUCUUUUAAAUAAUCAUUUUAAUCAAGGGGGAACACACCAUGUAAACCUCUGUAUCUGAUUAUGUUCUUACUGUGGCCUGCUGUGCAUGCUUGUUUAUUUACAGUUUUGGAGUGGUGCAAGAGUGGUGCAUUUGUAAACUUUACAUGUCAGAGAACAAACAAGCUCUGACCAACCGAGACAUGGACCACACAAGACGAAGGAAAAGGAGUCCUGUGGUGUCUGGUAUCAGCAACUAUAGCAAGUAUGAUGUUGAGGAAGAGUUGCUGCAGUUCCCGGACUAAGGGUGAGAGAGAGAGAGAGAGAGAAAGAGAGAGAGAGAGAGAGAGAGAGAGAUAUUUAGGCUCGCCAUGGCGGACGUGGAUCAGGGAUCAGCCGCGCCGGUGUUGGACACCGAUAACGGCACCGACACGACCAACGGUACCGCGGCCCGGUUCGUGGCUACAGCCGAGGGAACAGCGCUGGCGUACGGGAGCCUGGUGCUCAUGGCCCUGCUGCCGAUCUUCUUCGGAGCCAUAAGAUCCGUCAGCAGCUCCAAAAGCAAGAACUCCUCAGACAUGCCGGAGACCAUCACCAGCAGAGAUGCCGCCCGUUUUCCCAUCAUUGCCAGCUUCACCCUGUUUGGUCUUUAUAUUUUCUUCAAGGUUUUCUCUCAGGAGUACAUCAACCUGCUGUUAUCGGCGUACUUCUUUGUGCUGGGGAUUUUGGCGCUGUCGCACACGAUGAGUCCCUUCAUGAACAGGUAUUUGCCCGCCAGUCUUCCUAACAAGCAGUUCCAGCUUCUCUUCACACAGGGAGCAGGAGAGAAUAAAGAAGAAAUCAUCAACUAUGAGUUUGACACGAGGGACCUGGUGUGUCUGUGUAUCAGCAGUGUAGUGGGCAUUUGGUACGUCACUAAAAAGCACUGGGUGGCAAAUAAUCUCUUUGGCCUGGCGUUCGCCCUGAACGGAGUGGAACUGCUCCAUCUGAACAACGUCAGCACGGGCUGCAUCCUGCUGGGAGGCCUGUUUGUGUACGAUGUCUUCUGGGUCUUUGGUACCAAUGUCAUGGUGACUGUAGCCAAGUCAUUUGAGGCUCCCAUCAAGUUGGUGUUCCCUCAGGAUCUGCUGGAAAGGGGGCUGGGUGCCAGUAACUUUGCCAUGCUGGGGCUCGGGGACAUCGUCAUUCCAGGUAUCUUCAUCGCCCUGCUGCUCCGGUUUGACGUCAGCCUGAAGAAGAACACGAGGACGUAUUUCUACACCAGCUUCCUGGCCUACAUCUUCGGCCUCGGUCUGACCAUCUUCGUCAUGCACACGUUCAAACAUGCUCAGCCUGCUUUGCUGUACCUGGUCCCGGCCUGCGUGGGCUUCCCGGUGGUGGUGGCUCUGCUGAAAGGAGAACUGACGGAGCUGUUCAGGUACGAGGAGUCGUCACCCGAGGACGAGGCGAAAGAAGAGACCACAGAGUCCGAUAAAGACAAAUAAUCUGUAGAGGAUCACGAGCUCCUCGUCACGCCCCCUCAUUCAUCAUCGCGUUUCCAGUGGCGGGCCAUUCUCAGCCGGAUGUGUUCUGUUACUGGUUAUAUAGCGAUGAUUGGGGUGGGGGUGGGAGGUUUUUUUGUCCCCCUGUAGUUUCUAAACGUUUUGUAAAACAAGAUGUACAACAGCUUCCUCUGUGCCAGUGUAAACCUGAUCUGUUCUCUCAUCGCGUUUGUUUGUGUAUCGUGUUUAGUUUGUUGCCUAUUUUUAUUUUAGUAAAUUGUUCUCUUUACAGGCAUUAAAUUAAAAAAACUGGCAAGGGUGCCUAAUUUAAUAGGAAGAUACUAUCCAAAAACAUUAUAUGUAAGGCAUUCGGUGGGCAGAUCAGAGCUCAGCGCCGGUAUGAAUGCCGAUUCCUCAUAACUGCUGCAAUUACGACCUCUGCUGGCUGAUCGAUGGUGCUGCACAGAGAUGGGGGAUCAUGGGGAUUUGUGCGUGCGCAAUACCCGUACCAUGCAGGUGAAAAGAAGCGAUGUGUUAGUUACGCCCCUCCUCAGUCAGGAGUGGAGGUCUGCAGCAGUAGAGGAGGCAGAAUGCGAUCGGGUAAUUGGAUACGACUAGAUUUGGGGGAAAUGCAUUAGAAAUGAUAUUUAAUCAUCAAAAAUUUUAUGAUUGCAUUUUUAGUUUUAGCUUUAAGUCUAUUGUUGCUACCAAAUAAGAAAUCCUUGACCAGUUACUGUCUGAAAAUGUAUUUAUUACUGCAACUGUUUUGUUUUACUUGUGACUUAUUUACCCAAACAUACUUUGUUUGAGGAAGUCCAGAUAUAAUUUGGGAGCCACCAAAAGCGGGCGUGCUUCGAGAUUAAAAUCACCCUUUGAAGCCCAUGUUCUUUUUGGUGGCUCUUUGACUACAUCUGACCAUCCGUACAAGUCCGCACACAGUGUACUAAGAUAAUUUGAGGUUUCUUCUCAUCCUUGGCGAGAGACCGCUGUUCCGUGUGGUUUUUCAUGGGCGCGGUCUAACUGUCCCCGUUUACAUGGAAACAGAGAAGUCGCACGUUAAAACAUCACUGUCCGUAUCAACAAAUUAAUAAUCAGACCUGCUGUGUGUAUAUUUUUGAUCCUAAGGUUUUAAAUAAACCCACAUUAAUUGUAUGAAUCAUCAAUCACAUCAGUUCAGUCACAGAUAAAGAACAGCUGCUGAAAUCGAUCAUUUAAGUGCCAUGAAAUACGUGCAGCUUUGUUUCGUCAACGUUUGCUUUUACCCGACUCAGUUUCACACUCUUAGCUGUGUGGAGUUUGGCAUGUUUUUUGGGUCCAGUUUAGUUUUCUUUAGCUGUUCUGUUUUCCUCCCACCUUCCAAAAACAUGAAAUGCUUUUGAUGUGCAGCGGUUCAUCUUUGUCCUUCCAAAUUUGCAAAAUGCUAACCAGGAGGCUACAAGCUUUUAUUACUAGUUAGCAAUAUUAUCCUCGAAGCUCAAGUGUAAAACAAGAAGAAGCAAAGUUCAGUUCCUAGAUGCGAUUUGGUUUAAAUAGGUUAAAAAGAUGAAUUUCUUUCUCAUUAAAUUAAGAUGUUUAAAAUCAUUGAUUGUAAUCUGGGGAGUUCCAUGGAGAUACCUAGUGUGACUUUUCAACUAAUGUCAGAUAAGCAGAGACCAAAUCUGCAUUCAUCAGUAGUGAGAUAUUUUACAUUUCUGACCCUUCAAAACAAGACCUCACCAAAAGAAAGUGGAGGUCAACCCUGAGGUGUUUAAGAGAGUAGUUUGUGUUUAACGUUUGGAAAGUGGACACAUAUUGACUGACCCAGCACAGAUCACGUCCAUGUCUAUAAAUAUGAUCAGAUCUUUUCAUGUAUGUUCUUCUUUCUCCUGAUUGUGCCAGUGCAAGCUUGAGCUUCUUUAUGGAGCAUUUGUCUCUUUUUUUAUUCACAAGUAAAUAAAUUGUGGUUUAUACCACUCUAGAGAAGCAUA